UUUUAUGGUCUCUGUUGAUGUCAGUGUGUGAGUGUCAAAGUUUGAUGCCUUGUGCUCUUAAUGUGGUGCAGACCUGUUCAGCUACUUAGUGGCAGGAAGACAGGAAGGGGAAAGAGAUUCAAUUGUGUUUAAUAUUUAUAGACAGGGUCUGGAUCAGGUACAUUCAUUUUGUUUCGUUUUGGGAACAACAGACAGUGAUUGGCUGAAGGUUCUGAACAGUGAAGAAAUGGCAGUUAACUGUCAUUUGGGAGAAGUAAUGAGUGAGGUGUGAGGCAAAGACAAGAGAAAGCUGAGUGUUGUGCCAAAGAACUACCAGCAUAUUUUGGCCUUGGCCUUUGCUGUGAAGGAAAUCAAUGAGAACCCCAAGAUCUUGCCUAAUAUCACAUUGGGAUUCCAUAUCUGUGACAGUUACUUCAAUCAAAGGAUGAACUACCGGGCUGCUCUGAACCUUCCAUCAACACUUAUACCCAACUACAAGUGUGACACUCAGAAACAUCUGAUGGCAGUUAUUGGGGGACUUGACAUGGAUUCCUCCCUUCAAAUGGCAGACAUCUUGGGCAUCUACAAGAUUCCUCAGGUUCCACCCCUUUCUGUGUGCAACCCAAGUUGUCCUCCUGGUUCCAGCAAGGAAAAGAAGGAGGGGGAGCCAUUCUGCUGCUAUGAUUGUGCUCCAUGUCCUCAAGGCAAAAUUUCAUCCCAGAAGGUGGUGGUCCAAGCCAUCUUUAUUAAACAUCAGGACACGCCCAUUGUCAGAGCAAAUAAUCGGGACCUCACCUACACUCUCCUCACAUCUCUCCUGCUCUGCUUUCUCUGCCCAUUGAUCUUCCUCAGCCCACCAGAAAGAGUCUUCAAGACCACCUCCUACAUCUAA